CUUCCGGCUUUAGCCUUAACACGCCCCGCCAAAAAACCUUCCCCAGCAAAAACUUUUUUUCUUCUCCCCCUCCUCAAAGUCCCGCACCUCCUCCUCCUCUUCUUCUCUUCUUCUUCUUCUUUCUUCCCAUCAUCUUUUUUCUUUUCCUUUGAAUUCAUUUUCAUCAACAUCACUCAUCAAGAUGUCUCCCAUCAACGCCGAGUACGCUCUCCCCGCCUCUCACAAGGACAUGCUCGAGGUCUCCCUCCUCGAGUCUGAUCCUGAGGUCGCUGCCAUCAUGAAGGAUGAGGUUCAGCGUCAGCGCGAGUCCAUUGUUCUCAUUGCCUCCGAGAACAUCACUUCCCGUGCCGUCUUCGAUGCUCUUGGCUCCCCCAUGUCCAACAAGUACUCCGAGGGUCUCCCCGGCGCCCGCUACUACGGUGGCAACCAGCACAUUGACCAGAUCGAGCUUCUCUGCCAGAAGCGUGCCCUCGAGGCCUUCCACGUCACUGAUGACAAGUGGGGUGUCAACGUCCAGUGCUUGUCCGGCAGCCCUGCCAACCUCCAGGUCUACCAGGCCAUCAUGGCUCCCGGUGGCCGCCUCAUGGGUCUUGACCUCCCCCACGGUGGUCACUUGUCCCACGGUUACCAGAUCCCCGCCCGCAAGAUCUCUGCCGUCUCCACCUACUUCGAGACCAUGCCCUACCGCGUCGACCUCGAGACCGGCAUCAUCGACUACGACACCCUCCAGAAGAACGCUGAGCUCUUCCGUCCCAAGGUCCUCGUUGCCGGUACCUCUGCUUACUGCCGUCUGAUUGACUACAAGCGCAUGCGCGAGAUUGCCGACUCCGUCGGCGCCUACCUCAUGGUCGACAUGGCUCACAUUUCUGGUCUCAUUGCCGCCCAGGUCAUCCCCAGCCCCUUCGAGUACGCUGAUAUCGUCACCACCACCACCCACAAGUCUCUCCGUGGUCCCCGUGGUGCCAUGAUCUUCUUCCGCCGCGGUGUCCGCUCUGUCAACGCCAAGACCGGCAAGGAGACUCUCUACGAGCUUGAGGAUGCCAUCAACUUCUCCGUCUUCCCCGGCCACCAGGGUGGACCCCACAACCACACCAUCACCGCCUUGACCGUUGCCCUCAAGCAGGCCCAGAGCCCCGACUUCAAGGCCUACCAGGAGAAGGUUGUCUCCAACGCCAAGACUCUUGAGAACGUCUUCAAGCAGCUCGGCCACAAGCUCGUUGCCGACGGCACUGACUCCCACAUGGUCCUCCUCGACCUCCGCAAGCACUCUCUCGACGGCGCCCGUGUCGAGACCGUCCUCGAGCAGAUCAACAUUGCCUGCAACAAGAACGCCAUCCCCGGCGACAAGUCUGCCCUCUCCCCUGGCGGUAUCCGUAUCGGCACCCCUGCCAUGACCUCGCGUGGUUUCGGCGAGAAGGAGUUCGAGAAGGUCGCCAACUACAUUGACGAGAGCAUCAAGAUCUGCAAGGAGAUCCAGGCUUCUCUCCCCAAGGAGGCCAACAAGCUCAAGGACUUCAAGGCUGCUGCCACCAACGGCCAGAACGAGAAGAUCAACGCCCUCAAGAAGGAGAUCUCCACCUGGUCUUGCACCUUCCCUCUCCCCGUUGAGGGCUGGCGCCUCGACGCUGGCAUCUAAAUUGCUAGCGGCGAUUAGCCUCUUGCUACGGCAGAGGACGAUAUGAUAUCAAGGAAAAUGUUGCAACGAAAAUAGGCAUUUAACAUGGAACAAAAAAAGAGAAGAGAGCAAGAUGAAAUGACGGGAUAUUGGUUUUUUACUUUUACUGUUUACAAGGGAAUCGGCGAAUGUGUUCAACAACGCGUUGGGUUUUUGAUUGGCGCUCAUGAUUUAUUAUUACUAUUAUACUCAACUUACAAAAGACGGAAUGUACCCGUUCACACCAUUAUGUAUACAAGCAGCCGUCUUCAUCAGACUGGCCUAGGUAGAAUUUAAACAUUACUACCAAUAUCCUUUCUGGAGUC